AUGGCGCUGCGCGGGGUGAAGGUGGUGGAGCUGGCGGGCCUGGCGCCCGGCCCGUUCUGCGGGAUGGUCCUGGCGGACUUCGGGGCGCAGGUGGUGCGCGUGGACCGGCCGGGCGCCGUGGGCGACGUGAGCCGCCUGUCGCGGGGCAAGCGCUCGCUGGCCGUGGACCUGAAGCGGCCGCGCGGGGCGGCCCUGGUGCGGCGCCUGUGCGCCCGCGCCGACGUGCUGCUGGAGCCCUUCCGCCACGGUGUCAUGGAAAAACUCCAGCUGGGCCCCGAGACCCUGCAGAAGGAGAACCCCAGGCUCAUCUACGCCAGGCUGAGCGGGUUCGGCCAGUCGGGAAGACUUGCCACGGUAGCAGGUCACGACAUCAACUACUUGGCUCUGUCAGGUGUCCUGUCCAGACUGGGCAGAAGCGGUGAGAACCCGUCUCCUCCCCUGAACCUCCUGGCCGACUUCGGCGGCGGCGGCCUCAUGUGCGCGCUGGGCAUCGUGAUGGCUCUCUUCGAGCGCACGCGCUCCGGCAAAGGCCAGGUCAUCGACGCCAGCAUGGUGGAAGGCGCAGCAUACCUAAGUUCUUUUCUGUGGAAAACUCAAAACCUGGGGCUGUGGGACCAGCCUCGAGGGAAGAAUCUAUUGGAUGGUGGUGCACCUUUCUACACCACGUACAGGACGGCCGACGGGGAGUUCAUGGCUGUCGGCGCGUUAGAGCCCCAGUUCUAUAAGCUGCUGGUCAAAGGUCUUGGGCUGGAAUCGGAGAACCUGCCCCCCCAGAUGAGCGUGGCCGAGUGGCCGGAGAUGAGGAAGAAGUUCGCGGCUGCGUUUGCCAGGAAGACAAAGGCAGAGUGGUGCCGCGUCUUCGACCGCACGGAUGCGUGCGUGACUCCGGUGCUGACUUUCGAAGAGGUUGCCCAUCACCCUCACAACAAGGAGCGGGGCUCCUUCGUCACCGACGGGGAGCAGGGCGUGAGUCCCCGCCCGGCACCUCUGCUGUCCGGCACCCCCGCGCUCCCCUCUUUGGAAAGGGACCCGCUGAUAGGAGAGCACACUGAGGAGGUCCUGAGGGAGUUUGGGUUCAGCCAGGAGGAGAUUGACCAGCUGUACUCAGACAAAGUUAUUGUAGGAAAUAAGCUGAGAGCGAGUCUCUGA